GUGACCCAGACUUCUCUCCGCUCCUACAUCGGCGUGGUUCCUCAGGACACGGUGCUCUUCAAUGACAGCAUAAGAAACAACAUCCGCUACGGACGCGUUCUCGCUAGCGACCAGGAGGUGGAGGAGGCUGCCCUCGCUGCGGACAUACACUACAAGAUCCUGUCGCUGCCCGAGGGGUAUGAGACCCAGGUGGGAGAGAGGGGUCUGAAGCUGAGUGGAGGAGAGAAACAGAGAGUAGCCAUCGCCCGUACCAUCCUGAAAGACCCUCGUAUUAUACUGCUGGAUGAGGCCACGUCAGCCCUGGACACACAGACAGAACGAAACAUCCAGGCGUCAUUCUCCAAAGUCUGUGCCAACAGGACCACUAUAGUAGUGACACACAGAUUGUCGACCAUCAUUGGAUCAGAUCAGAUCCUGGUCGUCCAAGAUGGCCAGAUUGCUGAGAGAGGGAG